ACAAUUCCAUGACAUAACGAGGUCGAUCAAGCGAAGCUAGCUGGCCAGGCGUACACAACAGCUGAUGUGCUGUUUGUCUUUUCGAGGAAAGAAACAUGCCGAAGAAAAGCAGCGUUGUUGUGACUGGUUUUGGUCCCUUUUGGGAGCACAAGGUGAAUGCCAGUUGGAAGGCGGUGCAGGAAUUACAGCGACUCGGUCUUGAAGAUGAAGACGUUGAACUCAUCACUUUAGAAAUCGCAGUGGAAUAUGAGACAGCUAAGAAGAUGGUGCCACAGCUAUGGAAGGAGUAUGACCCAUGUCUUAUGGUGCACGUCGGUGUGUCGGGCAUAGCGAAAGAAGUCACGCUAGAGCAGCAAGCACACAACACGGGCUACGACAAACCAGACGUUGGAUUUCACAUACCUCAGUCGAAGUGUUGUAUUCGAGACGGCCCUGACUGUAUACUCAGCCAAAUCAACAUGUCCGUCGUCUGUGAUGAAGUCAACUCAACCGGUUGUCCCACCAAAACUGUUGUGUCUUACAAUGCCGGAAAGUACCUGUGUGAUUUCGUCUACUACACCUCCCUGUACCAGAACUGUGCUCAGACCGCCUUUAUCCACGUCCCGCCCCUGGGCAAGCCUUACUCCGCCCGCCAGCUUGGAGAAGGGCUGCGAGCCGCCAUACACAGCAUGCUCAAGCAAGUACAGCCGGUCAAAGCAAAUAUUUUGUGAUGCCGGUCAUCCGGUUCGUACCCGGAGGACCUUUUUUUACACAUUUUAUUUGCAGAAUUUGUAGGGCCACUGACCUUUUUUGCUUCAUGAGAAAAUAGAAAGAAGUAAUGGAAAUCACCUUUCAGCUUUAAGGAACGGCGCCAUGGACUUGUGCAUGGACAAUAGAUGGCGCUGUUGACUUCUUUUGAGAGUUGCAGUGGUAGGGACACACUGCGCGUGUGUGUGGGUGUGGGUAGGCAUUACAUUCACUGUCAUUUUGGUUCCAAACAGUGCGACCCUCAUGUCACAACUCUCUCUAUAUACGGCUCUGAUGGAGUCCUUAGUGUGCUCAAAAUAGAAAUUUAUUAAUUUCUGUACGCACUGUUUGGGUUAAUUUAAAAUCUGUAGCAAAUGUGUUAGACAAGACUCGUUCUUCAGUCAUCUUUGUGUUAAUAACAUGCGAAAGGCGAAACAGAUUUCUUACGCAUAUUUAUGGCUGAAACAGAAUUCUUCAUUUUUUUGAAAUUGCAAAAACAGAUAUUUUGUGAAACGGAAAAGCAGCGGCUCUAGUUUUUCUUCCAAGAUCAGUUGUCACAAAGUGAGCAGUUUGGGGAUAAUGUCUUCUUUUUUUCUGUAAUGAUGGUGUAUGUAAAAUAGGUUAACGUUAGCAAUGUUGUGAGUAUGUGACUACAUGUACUAUCUUGUUUUAGCAUUUUAGUGUAACUGUUGAAGUGGGUACUGAAGAGUUCGGACAACAUACUCGGAUAAAACUGAAAUGGGAAAUUUUUUGAGACUCUAAGGUGUCCAUAGCACCCUGCACACAUAUAUGUAAUGCCAACUUGUCAUAAAAUACAACUCAGUGCUCCAACAAUGUAGAAAAAAAGGAAGGAAAUAUAGAAAAAUAUGUUUUUGAAAAUGAUAGAACGUACAUCAAUAACAAGUCGACUUUAAAUUUCAGUAUAACUCGCAAUGAUGAAAGAUGAGACAGAUUGUUUCAGUGGGAUUUUAUUUGGACAAGUUCAUGUGGGUCCAUACCUGAGUAUUAAAAGGAAUGUGGCACUUACAUAUGUACAUGUAUGUCCCUCAACAAGCCUGUUUUCUUGCAGCUACUGGUACACUGUAUACAAUGUACCUCUCUCCAUGUUGAUUUAUAAUGGUAAAUAGCAUAGAAUUCAUGUCUCACAAAAUGUAGCGCCACAAAGAACAAAGCCUCAAUGGCUGAAUGCCUUAAAGGUAUUUUUGUCUUCAAGUAAAAUUGAUCUUUCAUCUGAUUGGUCGAUCCAUGGCAACAAACCCUGCUACAUUAUCCCAUAUACCACUUUCCAUACCGCACUCCAUGUACUGUGCUAUUUCAAGAUGCACGUGCCAUUCCCGCUGCACGCACGUGCGAUAGGAUAACGGCUGAAAACUUUGUGAACAGCGCGUUUGUUCCAACUUUACUGUGCGUCCAUUUUGCGUGAAGAAAAACUUGUGCUCUUGUCACAUAGAAAUUGUAGCGCAUCUGCGCCCCACAUAUACUAAUCGGUUUUCGGCCUCGUGGCAUGUGGGACACAGAUGCACUACAUGUACAUUAUUCCGUGUGCCACUUGCGCUCAUGGGAUAAGUGUAGUACUCACCGCACAGAAGAGUUAAUAGACAGGUUUUGAGUUUUGCAUUUAAAAAAAACCUACAAAUUCAAUCAGAAAGUGUGUGAAGUUAAAGAGAGAACAAUAGAAGACUUUUAUAAACCAUUGUUCGCCUCCUGUUCAACAAACACUUUAAACGCAGAAAUUGGAUGCAGUUUCUGGGAACACAUCUUACUUCAUGUUUUGCAUAGUUUCAUGUUUGAAAUAUUUUGUUUUGACCCAAACAGAACUCAACCCAUCAAAUCCCAAC